GAUCCGAAUUCGGAUGGCAUACCGCAAUGGCAACCGUUAACCGCAGACGAUACGUGGCGAUAUUAUAGCGUGAAUUUGACGUGUGCAAUGCGUGAAAAUUAUCAAAGACGACGGGCAUCGUUUUGGAAUGCGAUAAAAUUGGAGAAAACCUACACCGAUUCAGCCACCGGAAGCAACGAUGAAGAACCGAAAAAUCUGAAAGCAGCAGAAGCACCUGAAAACGAAGAACAAAAACAGUGCAAAAAAUCCGACGAUUAA